UGAUUUUUCACCAUCAGCGCUCUCAUAUUCGUAAAUAGAAAAUUUUUGCAUGCACAAGCACACUAGCCUGACACACUUUAAAGUAACAAAAAUUCUGCUCCACUUCUAAAUAUUAAAUUUCUACCAUCCUAGAGUUACAAAAAAUAAAGAAAUGGCUCGCGGACACCAGAAAAUCCAAUCGCAACAGAAGGCCCAGGAAAAGGCGGCCAAAAUGAAGAAGCAGCAAGGCCACGGGCUGAGCGACCAGAUGAAGGCGGCCCAGAAAGCGCUGGUAUUCUCCUGUGCUGUCUGCAAGUCCCAGAUGCCGGAUCCCAAAACGUACAAGCAACAUUUCGAGAACAAGCACCCCAAGUCGGAAAUGCCCGCGGAACUGAAGGACAUUUAACGCUCCUGCCUUACGUUUUAGUUUCUUUUCUUCGGCGAGGUCUGCAACGCUUCCGGGAGAUUGAGACGAGCAUCAGCAACAACAAAAAUUCAACAACGUUUCGGGCACGCUAGCCGAUUCGUGUUUUUUUUUUUAUUUAAUUUAACGUCCGUUCGUUUAUUAGUAUGAUAUCUUAUACAAAAUUAAAUUUAAGUGUUCUCAAUAUACAUUCACGAUGCUGACGAGAAAUAGUAAUUAACCGAAACAAAACGAUAUGUUCGACAGAUUUUUGAUAUUAAUCGGAUAUGAACAAUAAAUGAUAUGUAAUUGUCACGACACAACAAAUAAAACUGAACUGCCAAAAAGCGGGCAUAGGUGCGGUCAACGUGCAAAAGAAAUUUGCUCCUGUCAACACUAGUAGCAACAGCAUCAGCUGAAAGGCAUAUGUUCGGAUAUGGAUAAAUAUAUUUAGCGAAAUUUACAGCUCUGCGGAAUAUGUUUAAAGUAUUCAAUAAAUGGCUAAUGAUCCACUAAGC